AUGUUUUUGGUUGCCGAGCACCUGAAGUCAGUUGAUUACAAGGAGUGGGGUGGCUCUUACCAGGAGUUGGCCAUAUUAUCUGACAGUGUUGGUGAGUGGCAGCACAAUGUCAGUCAUAUCUCAAGACAUGAAGGAAACUUCACUGAUUCACCAGCUAACAAGACAUUAAUACCGCCAGCAGAGGCCUUUGACCCAUUGGGAGGACAUACUAUCUGGCAGGUCAUCAUAAUUGUCUUCCUCACUGGAUCACUUUCUCUUGUCACUGUUGUUGGCAACAUCCUAGUGUUGGUGUCAUUCAAGAUCAAUAAGGCACUGAAGACAGUGAACAACUACUACCUCCUUAGCCUGGCAUUUGCUGACCUGACCAUUGGGACGCUGUCAAUGAACCUGUAUACUACCUACAUCAUCAUGGACCAGUGGGCUCUGGGGCCAGUGGUUUGUGACUUGUGGCUUGCAAUUGACUAUGUGGCCAGUAACGCUUCAGUUAUGAACCUGCUCGUUAUCAGCUUUGACAGGUAUUUCUCUGUGACCAGACCUUUGACCUACCGAGCUAAACGUACGACCAAGCGGGCCAUGACCAUGAUUGGAUUAGCCUGGUCCAUCUCUUUCAUUCUGUGGGCCCCAGCUAUCCUAUUCUGGCAGUACAUUGUGGGUGAGCGGACAGUCCAGCCUAACGAGUGCUACAUCCAGUUCCUGUCUGAGCCCAUCAUUACAUUCUGCACUGCUAUCGCUGCAUUCUACUUGCCAGUGACUAUUAUGGCAUUCCUGUUUUGGAAGAUCUAUCAGGAGACAGAGAAGCGAGCUAAAGAUGUACAAGGUCUCAAGGGAUCUGGGUCAAGCAACAGGCCAAGCCAGGCUCAGAAUGAAGGGAGUGGCAGUGGGAGAACUGGUGGAGAAGGUAGAGCCAACAACCAGAAGACUUCAUCAGCCAUGCUGCGCCAGAUCAGCUCCCAAAGCUGCAGCAGCUAUGAACUAAAUCAACUGGCUUCAGAGAUGAACAACAAGGACAAUGCCAGCAUACCAGGAAGAACAGGAUGCAGAGGGAGGUGUGGCACAUUCUGCUUUCAGUUUUCAUCACUGCUGCCAGGUUUCCAUGCAUCCAAGAGAUCCGUCAAUACCUUCACAUCUACAGUGGGUGAGACAGAGCAGAGCAGCUGUGAUAGUCUCAACAACAAUGAAGUUGGUGCCUCUGGGGAACAGUCAGGUGGUAAGAAAUCUGGGAAGGUGAAGAUGAACAUGAAGGAUAAACAGUUAUCGUCAUCUAAUAAAAGUCGAAAAGAGUCACAAUCAAGCCCUAUCAGCUCAUUGCCUAGUGACCAAUCACCUGCAGCCAUCACAAUGAAAGAUGCAGCUAUGGCCAAACGCUUUGCUUCUAAAGCCAAGACAGAGAUAAAUAAGCGCAAGAAUGAAAAAAAGGCAAAUGAGAAGAAAGCAGCACGGACACUCAGUGCUAUCCUGUUUGCCUUCAUUACAACAUGGUUGCCAUAUAACAUCAUGGUGUUAGUCAACACUUUCUGUCAGGAUUGUAUCCCUGAAACUCUUUGGGCACUGGGCUACUGGUUGUGUUAUGUAAACAGCACAGUCAACCCCAUGUGCUAUGCUCUCUGUAACAAAACCUUCCGUACAACUUUCAGGGAUAUUUUGAUGUGCCAGUGGAAUCAAAAGAAAAACAAGCCUCAUUUUCAUCAAAGGAAGGCUGUGGCUUUCCAGAAGAAAGACCCAAUGUAG